AUGAGCCAGACGCUAGAGGGCGAUUUUCUCCCCGCAAACAACUAUGUGCUGAUAGUGAAGAGCGAGGCGCAGGAGUACUCAUCGGGAGGCGUAUAUAUCGGAAAGAAGCCCAACAAGGAAUUUGCCGGCCGGGUGCUGGCCAUCGGACCGGGUAGAUUGGUGCCAGAGACUGGUGCCGUCAUACCGAUGACCGUCAAGGUCGGAGACCUUGUUCUGUACGACCCACCAACAGAGGAACCAGUGCUCAAGUACAAGAACCAGGAGUGCGUGCUAGUCCCUGAGGAGCACAUAUACGCCCGCGUCGAAACUGACGGAAUUUCACCCAGGCCGCUGAGCUCCGCUGACAUCAGGCCCAUAUCGGACAGGUUGCUGGUACGCGUCAUCGACAGCCCGAAAAAGACACAAAGUGGACUCGUUCUAGCUCGCUCGAAUGAAACGGAGGGCACGAUAUUCCGCGCAACCGUGAUAUCCAUUGGACCCGGGGAGUACACUAUGGAUGGGAAACUGCUUCCGGUCGCCGAAUUCAAGCCCGGAGACACCGUGCUCUUCUCGGACGCAGCUGCCGACGGCGGGGCGUUCGAUUUGCACCGCACCCAGCACGCCUUCGUUCGCCGUCGCGCAAUACUCGCGAAGGUGUAA